GUGUAUGUGAGGGCUCCAGAGGCACCACCAACUGUGCAUCGGCUUUGUCACCCACAUACAACCACACGAAGUCCCACGUGUAAGACCCCCACCUGUUAUGAUCUGGGCCUCAGACCCUCAGCUGUCACAUGGCCAGUGACUUCCAUGGGCCACGCCUGUCACAUGUGUGUCCCAACACGCCUUGGGCUGGCUGGGCCUGUCUGCAGUGGAGGGCGGACCCCUGUUCUCUCAGGGUCUGUCAGCUCCUCAGGGCCCGGGAGCCCACACAUGGGGUCCCCCUCGCCGACCCCCCAUCUAGAGGCACCUCUGCUCCCGGCACCCCAGCCCCUCGGCCCUCGCCUCUUGCCCUACCUCCCAGCCCCAGCGGUCUGACUGGUUCGCAACAAAAACACCCUAAGAAUGAGCUCACAGUGAGGCUGCCGCCUCCACACACCCCGCCCCACACGCCCAGCGGAGGAAGGCGCCUCCCGUUCCCGGUCACACAGCCAGGAGGUCGGGGCCAGGGGACCCGGGGCCUUUGGGGUACUGAGGACGGGCCAGGUGAGCCGGGGCGGGUGGGGAGCCACACACCGGCGUUGCCCUCUUUGGGAGCAGCAAUGUCCGUGCAGGUGGCAGCUCCCGGAGGCGUGGGGCUGGGCCCAGAGCGCCUGAACCCCGAGGAGCUGGUGCGGCAGACGCGACAAGUGGUGCAGGGGCUGCUGGAAGAAAAGCAGCAGGUGGUGAGCCACUCGCUGGAAGCCAUCGAGCUGGGGCUGGGCGAAGCCCAGGUGCUGUUGUGGCUGCGGGAGGAGCUGGAGGAGACGCAGCGGCGGCUGCGGGCCAGCGAGGAGGCCGUGGCGCAGCUGGAGGAGGAGAAGAGCCACCUGGAGUUCCUGGGGCAGCUGCGCCAGUACGACCCACCUGAGGAGAGCCAGCAGCCUGAGUCCCCCCGCCGCCGAGACAGCCUGGCCUCCCUGUUCCCCAGCGAGGAGGAGGAAAGGAGAGGUCCUGAGGCAGCGGGGGCCGCAGCGGCGCAGCAGGGGGGCUACGAGAUCCCGAGGCUGGGCAGUGCUCUGGAGGUGCUAGACCUAGUAGGUGUGGGGAGACCCAGAAGGGACCCCCAAAGGGUGCCACUGUGCCUGGUUCAGCCCGGCCCCUGCUCCCCCACCCUGGCUGACCCCUCCAUCCUUGCGCUGCCCCACAGGGACCAGAACAAGUACAAGGAAGCCACAGACCUGCUCCACGACGCCCUGCAGAUCCGGGAGCAGACACUGGGCCCCGAGCACCCCGCGGUGGCUGCCACCCUCAACAACCUGGCCGUCCUCUAUGGAAAGCGUGGGCGGUACCGGGAGGCGGAGCCCCUGUGCCAGCGCGCCCUGGAGAUCCGCGAGAAGGUCCUGGGCGCCGACCACCCGGACGUGGCCAAGCAGCUCAACAACCUGGCGCUGCUGUGCCAGAACCAGGGCAAGUUCGAGGAGGUGGAGCGGCACUACGCCCGGGCCCUGAGCAUCUACGAGGCCCUGGGCGGGCCCCACGACCCCAACGUGGCCAAGACCAAGAACAACCUGGCCUCAGCCUACCUGAAGCAGAACAAGUACCAGCAAGCGGAAGAGCUAUACAAAGAAAUCCUCAGCACGGAGGACCUGCCCGCCCCCCUCGGAGCCCCCAGCACAGGCAGGGCUGGUGACGCAGAACAACAGACCCUUCGCCGGAGCAGCUCGUUCUCCAAGCUCCGUGAGUCUAUCCGGCGUGGAAGCGAGAAGCUGGUCUCCCGUCUCAGAGGCGAGGGGGCGGCGGGAGCAGCCGGGAUGAAGAGAGCCGUGUCCCUCAGCACGCUGCACGUGGGUGGAGCCAGGGCUACUGGGGCCCAGUUCCCCAACCAGCACCUGAGUGAGGCCUCUCGGACCCUCAGCGCCAGCACCCAGGACCUGGGCCCCCGCUAAAGUCCACAGGACCACGUGCCUGCAGCUUCCACCAGAGGGGAGUCCUUUCAUCUCCUUGCCUGGCGCCCUGGGGACACCCCGUGUACUGGGCUGCCCUCUCCUCUGCUAUUAAAGUUUGUCGAUCUGGCCGCC